AUGGUUGAGGAAGAGAACAAUCAGCUGGUCUUCCUGGAUGUCCUCAUAUGCCGCAAAAAUUGUGGUAAACUGAAGACCAAGGUGUUCAGGAAAGCGACAAAUACGAUGCAAGUAGUGAACUUCAACAGCAACUACCAAAUCAGUCACAACCGCAGUUGUGUAAGGACGCUCUAUCGGCGUGUCGAGAAGCACUGCAGUGAGCCGGAAGACAAAAUUGCCGAACUACAAUACCUCCGACGGGUCUUCAAAGUCAAUGGCUGCCCGCACAACUUCGCCAACCGGUACAAACGCAAAAGGAACGAAAGGCCUAACCGUACGGAAAACAAAUCUUGGCGAGCGCUUCCAUACGUCAAGAACGUUUCGGAAGCUGUCGGCCGCCUUCUCGCACCACUUAGGGUUGGAGGUGCACACAGAGGCGUCAAUUGAUGAAACCGAAGGACCAGCCGCCACAGCAAGAAACGUCUGGAGUCGUUUAUCGGGUAUGGUGCAGUUGCGGACAAAGCAACUACGUCGGAGAAACCGGAAGACAGCUCCUAACGCGAAUGGCCGAACACGCUGCAGCGGGGCGGAGAAAUGACGCCAGCUCUCAAGUUGCGGUUCAUUCUACGAGAUCCGGGCACAGUCUGAUGAUGUGUUCGAGCAGGAAUCUGAAACGUCCGGCUAAUAGGGGUCUUGUCCCAGCAAGCAUGUUUGCUUCUUCCAGACUGCUUCCUGGGACUCGUCUCUUCGCCUCUGUUGGCAAAGAGAAACACUGCUUUCCAAUAUUGCUUAACGACCAUGAAAGCAACCGUACUCGAGUGCGUGUCAGGCGUAAGGAGCACUCUAAUAUCGCCGCAACUUGCCUUGCACUUGUUAAUCGACUGGGGACCAGUAAACCAUGACUGAAGCAGCUCACGGCACACGCGGUUAUCACCUCUUGCGAGAAUUCCGGCCACGUCGAAUUUGAAUGUGUGGCCGGAUCUCGUCGAAUGAGCCGCAACUUGAGAGCUAGCGUCAUUUCUGCGCACCGCUGCAGCAUAUUCGGCCAUUCGCGUUCGAAGUUGUCUUCCAGUUUCUCCAACGUAGUUGUUUUGUUCGCAACUGUACCAGAUCCGAUAAACGACUCCAGAAGUUUCCGGCCUACUAUCGCCGCAAUUGGCCACACUUCCAUGCGUCCAAAAUCAGCAAUCAUUUCACGUCCCGAAAUGUUGCCGGCGAACACCCCUAUAGCGUACCUACCACGUCAUAUCGCAAUCGACAGGACAAGGGGUCGGUGGCAGAGAAUCCAGAUUCAAAUCCUAGGUCCUGCGAAGCUAGAAUUGGGUAUGGAUGGUUGACGAUGGUUAAAAAGCCAAAAAUGACCACUACGGUCGGCAACACCUUGUCGGUGACCUUUUACGAGCUUCUAGAUGUAGUUUCAAAGCCCAACAGAACAAGUGUGCUCCGCAACGAGAUCGGUAAGCGUCCUGUUACACCAACCAAAAAAUACGAUCACUCGCUUUCUCACCUGAUCUUCCUCAUCUUAUGGUUGAUGACAUUUUGUCUUAUUUUUUCCAAAAACGACGUGAUACACUUGAUACGUUUAAAGUAUUAAAAUCUAGAACGCUUUUCAUCUACUGUUUUCGAUGUACUGGGAUGCCGCGCUCUUAUGUCGAAAGUCGGUAGGCCUCCGUCCCAAAGCUGUUAAAUACAGUAUCUGGGACUUAAUUUAACUGCUGAGUUCGGAUAGAACAACCCCUUAAUUUACGUUGCCGCAAUUAAGAAGAUAAGUGUUGAUUGGAUUUUGUCAUGCACGGGCAGUUCACAAGCAGGAGGCCAGAGUGUCCUUAACCUGUCCCUCUUACUUCCCACUUAUCAGAGCAUAAGAUGCUAGAAUUGAUUUAGCAUCUAUAUUGGCAUGCAUAUGUAUGGUAGAAAGUCGCUCAGGGAUCAGUCUAUUAGACAUACUCCUCCUGUUGUGCCUUGUGGUUCAUUCCAAAGUCCUCGCUGACAGUCGCAUAAUAGGCGUCUGACAGUGGUUGUACCGUACGUUCAACAUAGUUAUUAGUUAAAAGCUCUGAUAGUGUUUCGCCAAUGUUUCUGCUGCUGCGUGACGCAUCCAAGGGCGGUGCAGCUUCUCAAUGUUGUCGUACUAGUCUCUGGUAUGUGAACUACAAAAUAUUUACGAUCGCCAAUAAUCUUGUGCAAUAGUGGUUUUUAUUAUUUCAGAACCGACACGAAAGAUCACGUCGAAGGCAUUUACAUCUUAGUACUUCAUUUAAUAGUUUGCGAAAGUAUCCGCGCGAAAUAUGAACGUAUGAAAUCGAUGUGUUAUCUCAUAAAGUGUUAUUCGAAGAUCUAAAACGUGUUUUCGAUUCGAAAAGGUAAAUAAAUUAGUGUUGCAAUAUUAAUGAUUUGCAGCAAAAUCUUGAGAUAUUUUAGCCAUAUCAAUAUUUCGGCUUUUCAAAGAAAUUCAUUUCAGCCAUUUGUAGCAAUUUUACUCUGUAAGAAAUGACUACUAAUUUAGUUUGAGUUUUUCCUGUUGGUUUUCAACACCCUAUAUAUUUAAAUAAUGUGUAUAUAAAACAUAAACGUGAAUAUUUUAUUUUUCACCCAUUUCGUAGCACAUCACGACGUCUUUAAAUCUCUCGCUUGAUGGAAGUGUAUAAUUUGGUUUUAAAAGACAUUUUCAAUUCCUGAAUAAUUUUAAAUCCGACAUGUCCUUAUACUUGCAUUCGAGGUUUCCAAUGAACAAGUUAUACAGUCUUCGCCAUUAGGGAAAUUCCAUAUGGGAUCCAUAAAAUUUUACAGUGGACUAGAACCACGGUGUAUGCUUUAUAAACUCCAAUUGUAAAUGUGAUGUCACAAUGUUUCAAACAUGGAGAUUUCAGGAUCUUAAUAAUGUCCAUAAGUAGAAACACCAUUAAAAACCUGAGAUAACCUUUCUCAAAAUAAAAAUUAAAAAAUGAUUUUAUUUGCUACGAAAGGAGCAAAAAGCGAAUAGCUAUGUGCAAGGUUUCCAGAAAAAACAUUAACACUAAUUUUGACAACGAAAAUCAAUGAGUAAAAUGUAUAUAACAUAAAUGCUCGUCCUUUGCAUAUUGAAAUUUUUGCUGACGACCAAAACAAAACUACUUAAAAGCCAGCAAAGUGAGGUAAAUAAAAUGUCCGAAAUUUAGCGACACGGUAAUUAGUACGAUAACCCCAAUAAAGCAAUUUUUCGAGUUUGGAACCUAAUUUCAGGAUUCCAGCUAAUAUUUGAUUGGUAAGCAUAUCUACCAUAUGUUAAGUUCUUUCAUUUCCCUUUAAUUUAAUAAUGAACUUUGAGGUGACGUUUCGGCUCUAUCUUUCUGUUUAUGUGAAUAUUUUGGCGGACAUCAACUAGCGUCAGCGGAUUAAAUGGUGAUUUUAUAAGCCGCCAACAGCCAAUCAGUAAUACGCAUAAACAUGUUCAGACGCACAUACGCAUAGACAUUGUAACUAAUCAAUCCACUUCAGCUGAAAAGAAAAGCGUAUUCUUUAUUACUACACCGACUGCAUGCUGUCUGUCUAGACUCAGUAUACCUUUGGAGUAAAGUGUUAUUUAUGACAUAGAGAAUGUUGUUUACAGAAGGGCCAGAAAGACGCCCAUAAACCCUCAUCACUGAAACAAGCUUCCUACUAUGGCCUGUAACAAAAAAUAGUUAAACAAGAAAAUGACCAAGCCACCAAGCUUAAACAGACAUUCCUUUCUUCAACAGCCGUCAUCACAUUUAAAUGAUUAAACAGCAGCCAAAACCUCUGCAGACGACCAAGAGAAAACUUUUUUUCUUUAAGGGUCUCUGUAGAUUUCAAGCAUAUUCGACAUAUUAAGAAAAAAGGAUCUUUCAACAGAACCAAAACUGAGCGAAGUGCUGAUUAAUGCUGUACGCUAAUCAUUAGUCCUACAAUGUGGAUGAGUAAUAUUUGCUGGUGCCUACAUGUGUUCCUUAGCAUUGCAAGUUGAGACGGUUUAUUUUUUCUGGCAUUGUAGUCCCUUGAAAAUGUCGUCUAUUUGGAAACAGCAUAUGUUAUCUUAAACGCUGGGUUGCUACAUUUAAAUAUUAGGCCACACAUUUCAAUGAACUACUCCGGUCUUGGGAUAAUUUUAGUUUGUCUAGUGUAUACCGUGAUGAAAGACAAGAAACAUUUGACUUUGAAACGAAAUCCUCAGUAGACAUGUAAAUUGACGUUAUCAAACAUGAAGUUGCCUGCUUAUUUGCAAAGGAAACACAUUUCCAACAAAAGAGAAAAGUUAUAGGAUUUUGUCAUCUUAAGUAUAAAAUUUUAAAUGUCACUUAUGCGCACGACAUGAAGUGCAGUUUAAUGAAGGUAAGAUGUGGCUAUGUAGCCCCAUCUGCUAGACACAAUGCUGUUGGGGUCGGGGUUAGUGUUAGCAGUUUAGGAAUACGUGCUAGCGUUUGGGUUAAGUGUAGGGAUUAUGGUUAAUUGUUAGGGUUAGGAUUAGUGUUAGGGGUUAGGCCAACUAUUUCCCAACCAUCAAAGUACAACCGAGCAUUCCAAAUAGCUUUUCUUUUGCAUACAACUACUUGACCUCGUCGCCUGUGCGUUCCCCUGUCCCAUCUCUAAAAACCCCUUUAACCACCGGUCCCGUAUUAGAGGUGACUGGGGUUUGUUUACUUCGGGUGGGGUUACAUAGCCACAUCUGACCGGGGCAGCAAACUGGCUGUCGUAUGUAAGCCCCCAGGGCGAACAGCAAUGUGGUAUGCUUUCCAGCUUGAAGUCCGUUCCUUUGAUAAUACUUGCAAAAUCAUGACUCCCCGGUGAAAAGAAAGGGACAAAUAACAGGCAAUCAUAUAUUUGCUGCCAGAUGAGAGCUGGCCGCUGCUAGAUAAACAAACGGGGACAUUUUCACACAGUGUGGAGGAGCCCCAGGUAUGGGGUGUAGGAUUAUUGACACGGGAGAAGUUCCAUCGGAUUCUGGUGCCAUAGAAACUGAUGACAAACCCCAAUUUUUCCAACAGAAUUGGUUGACAUUGCUGACAUAUUGGGAGAACACACUGUGAGGCCUCGGAUAUACCUGUAGGCAAUCGAGAAGACCUGUCGAUCUCGCAUUAAACCAGGCGGCCUUGAAUUCAAGUCUGAUUUCUAGACUGAGUGCAUCCGAGUCAGAUGUGAAGUUGACUUUGAAGGCUUAGGAUUAUAAUCAGGAUGCCUCAGCACCUGUCAUUUACAUUUGCUGAGUACGACACGCCUUAAACGAUGUGACCUGGUCCAGUAGCUCGGGAUUACGAGCGAGGCUUCUCUAUCAAGUAGCAGGUCUGUGUGUCGUGGGGGCACGUAGCCAAGGCUCGCCUUCGACCUGGUCAAUGAAAAUAAGCAUCCAGAAACGAUCAUUCAGCGUCCUCGCUUCUGUCUUUUUCUCGUCCUUUAGACCUCCCGUACAUUAGAUGCUUACAGACUCAGAUGGAAGACCGUUUAUUCCCCCGAAGAGGAGAAAUUAAUGGGCAAAGACCAAGUAAAUUCAUUUGAGAAGGAGGAGGAGGAGAACGAUGAUGAUGAUGAUGAUGAUGAUGAUGAUGAUGAUGAUGAUGAUGAUGAUGAUGAUCAGAGGUGGCUGGCGGUUGUUUACUUCAGCUGGGGCUACAGUACCACAUCUGACCGUUAUGAAAUUAUGAAUUUCAAGACGGGUUCUGAGGACCAGAUUUUCGUGAUCAAGUGGCAGUUAUGUUUGAGAAAAUGCGAGAACCUGUUGCCUACAGAUAGAUUCGCCCACAGAGGAUCCUAG